CACCUUUUUUGUUCCAAAUUUUUAAGACUUUUUUUCUGCAGAGCACAAAGAAGAUAUUUUAGGUAAAGGUUGAUAACCACACAGUUUUGUAUAUGAUUGCCAUAUUGUAUAGUAAAAAAAAACAAAAAAAAAAACCUUCUCAUAAAAUUUUCUCACAGACAAAGAAGAAUUAGCUUAAAACAAAAGGCUCUAUAUUGAAUUAAAGCUUUAAUUUUAAUUUAUUCCUGAGAACAGCUAUUAUUAUGCAUGUGAUUGUAAUUCCCAUGUUGUCAUACCAGCAAAGGCGCUUUUUGCAGGUGCAGGGCCUUGUGGGUAAGUGUGCCUUUGUCUUGUGGAGUUAAAUAAUAAGCAUCUAAAUCUGACGCCACUUUGAUUUUUCAAGGUUGUGUGUGCUUUUGUUAAACCUUGAAGCUGCUAUGGCCAAACUGAUACGGUUUAUUAUUUUCUCAAGUUCAUUGUGCUGCAUUACAACAUUAUCUCUGCUUGUUAUAGUAUAGUAAGCUUUUGAAUAAAAAUGGUACAUGUAUGUGAAGUUUUUACAGAAAUAGCAAUAGUUUUCAAUAUUUUGCUGCAUCCCCUUUCACUUUAAUGAGAGCAUCCACUUGAACUGGUUGUGCAAACUGUGUCCUAUGCUAUAUUCCAACAUGAUUUGAGAAUUUUUCUAGAAUUUCUAGUGACCUAGAAAUAGCGCAGAUUUUUUAAUAUUUCUCAAUUUUACGCCUUAGUGUUUCUUUGUUUGAAUUUUUCAGAAUCCUAAAGAUUUUUCUUUAUUAGUGUUUAAAUUUGAUUUUCAAUCCCAUGUUUAGUUGUUUAGGAAUUUGUCAUUUUUUGUUAAAUAAAGCAGAGUCAGCUUAGUUUUCUUUAUUUGUCCUGACAUUAGACAAAGUCAUUAUGCAUUUACACAAACCGAGGCGGAGAUAUUCUUGAAAUCCCACUCUGAUUUCCUCAUGAUUUCAUCAGACCUCUCAAACAGUGUAUAGAUGGGCUCACUGCAGACUGCUGAGACACAGACUCUCUGCUCAAACACAGACCGAGGGAAAACCAGAGAAAGGAAAAAAGACUUCAAAGGGAAUUUAAUGCUUUUUUAUCGAAGCCUCUGCCUCGGCUGUUUGCAGAACUCUCCCAUUCUCUUUCUCUCUGCAUCAUAAAUAUGCAUCUGCCAUAGUGAGUCGAGAGAGAAACUGUCCUUUCAUAUCACGCAUACCACACUUUUUUCCUUCCUUCCUCUUCAUUCUAUGCUUUUCAUUGCAUAUUCUUUGUAUAUUAUGAUCUUUAUUUGCCUGUCUCUGACUUUGUAUUUCUUAAUCUACCAAUAAUCUACCCAUCCCAUUAUAUAAUAAUAGAUGACUUAAGGGGUUAACGCAGUGUCACUUAAAAUCAUUGUCCUUACAAACCUUGGUGGGGGGGUUCUUUAAUGUGAAAAACUAUAAAUACCCCCAAAGAGGGAGCUGUUUUCCCACAACCACUGAAAAAAGAUCAGAGAACAAUAUCAUCUACUUUUGGCCUCAGCUUUAUUGGCUAGUGGAAAGAAGGUCAAAGAAACGAAACCUCAUUGAUUGGCUGCUGAGAAGUAUAUGUAAUUUCCGAUUGGAGAAGAGGUACGAGAGGGUCUUUUAUAGCUGAUGACGGCUUGGUCUGCUGGUGAGGGGGAUUAAACCCUGUGAUUGGGCACGCUACCAGAGACAUGCAGCUGUUUCACAGAAAGGGAGAGAAACAGUGAAGAGAGGGGGAGGUCUCAAUCCCUUCCAAUGUUGAGGAGUAGAGUUGUGUGUAAGGUACUCUGGGUGUAAAGAUACUUGAGGGGAAGCGUUUUCAUCUGUGAGUCACGGCCAAUGCACAUUUUGACUUCAAAUUGAGCUUCGAAUUUUUUUUGGGAUUAUUUUAAUGAUUUUUAUUGGAGGCCAUUUCUGCAGCAUCUCUGAAACUUCAGCUGGAAGUACCUUGACAUAGCUGGCGUUUGUGAUGAGAACAUUCAUUUAAUGGAUUUCUGAAACAAUUGAGCUGGUACAAAUCCAUGUAUCUGUAUUGAAUGAAUGAACAGCCAUUUCUCCAUGGAACGUUAACAUGAGCCAUAGUUCAGGAGUGAUCGUGUAACUGCCUAUUGUGUUGCUGGUUGAUCAGACUUUGCAAGGGUUUAGGGAUUGCUUUAAAAGGUCAGAAUGGAUGUGAUGACUGCAUGUUGGAGAGGGCAGGAGGAACAGGCUGCCAAAGCGAAGGCUGAGAAAAUCCGUGUGGCACUAGAGAAAAUUAAAGAAGCCCAGGUUAAAAAGCUGGUGAUACGUGUACAUAUGUCAGAUGAGAGCUCAAAGACCAUGAUGGUGGAUGAGAGGCAGACGGUCAGGCAGGUGCUGGACAGUCUGCUGGAUAAAUCUCACUGUGGUUACAGUCCGGACUGGGCACUGGUUGAGACCAUCCCUGAGCUACAGAUGGAGAGAAUUUUUGAAGACCAUGAGAACCUGGUGGAGAACUUGCUCAACUGGACCAGAGACAGUCAAAACAAACUCAUGUUCAUUGAACGGAUUGAAAAGUAUGCACUUUUCAAAAAUCCACAGAACUAUUUACUUGGGAGGAAGGAGACCUCUGAGAUGGCAGACAGAAACAAGGAGGCAUUGCUGGAGGAAUGUUUUUGUGGAAGCUCGGUAUCUGUUCCUGAAAUUGAGGGAGUGUUGUGGUUGAAGGAGGAUGGCAAAAAGUCUUGGAAGAAGCGCUACUUUCUGCUGAGGGCAUCUGGCAUCUAUUUUGUCCCGAAGGGCAAAGCCAAGGCGUCAAGGGAUUUGGUGUGCUUCCUGCAGUUGGACCAUGUUAAUGUUUAUUAUGGUCAGGACUACCGGAGCAAGUACAAGGCCCCCACUGACUACUGCCUGGCCCUCAAGCACCCUCAGAUACAGAAGAAGUCACAGUAUAUCAAAUACCUGUGCUGUGAUGAUGUCAGAACUCUACACCAGUGGGUUAAUGGCAUUCGUAUUGCUAAGUAUGGGAAGCAAUUGUAUGUCAACUACCAGGAAGCCAUGAAGCGCACAGAAGCUGCCUAUGACUGGUCUUCUCUCUCCAGUACCAGCAUCAGGUCGGGAACAAGCUCAGUCAGUAUACCUGAAUCACAGUCAAACCACUCUAGCCAAGCAGACAGUGGUAUGUCAGAUGGUACUUCGUCCUCCCAUGCCCGUUCCCAGAGUGUAGUCAGUUCAAUCUUCUCUGAGGCCUGGAAGAGAGGGACGCAAAUAGAAGAGAGCACAAAGGCAAGGCCAGAAUCAAUGCGUUCUACCCAUUCAAGUCAUAGCAGCCAUUCUUCUCAUCAUGUGCCUCAACAGCAGCAUCCCUACCCACUGCCACAGCCACAGCCACAUCCACAUCCAAUUCCACAGUCACGUGGAAGUGUCACCCAGGCACUGACACAGGCACCAAUACAGACACCGAUACAGGCACCGGCACAAGUACCACCCCAGGCAACUCCAGCCCCACCACCGCCACCUCCUCCACCACCUCCUCCACCCCCUCCUCCUCCUCCUAUUUCCAAUAUCCCCCACCAUGCCACACCUACCAUGUUUGCCAAAUACAGCACUAUCACUCGGCUGCAGAAUGCAUCUCAGGCCACAAGUCACCACAAGCCUCAACCUCAAGUCCAGCAGCAAGUGCCACCAGUCCCACUGGCCUCCAAACCACAAUCGAACAAUAUUCCACCAGGGGCUAACAUCCCACCCCCUCCUCCUCCACCUCCUCCUGCCCCAAUGCCUCCACCUGGAUCAGCCAUGGCUGUUCUGAAGCUUGGUACUCCAGCCCCAGCAACAGUUCUACAGUCCUCCCCUCCUGCUCCCCCCUCACCUCCACCUCCACCACCUCCUCCCAUAAUGCCCAUGCAGUCACAGCCUCUAUCGCCUCCACCUCCCAUAAUGCCAAUGCAGUCACAGCCUUUACCACCUCCUCCUCCCAUAAUGCCAAUGCAGUCACAGCCUUUACCACCUCCUCCACCCAUAAUGUCCAUGCAGUCACAGCCUCUACCGUCUCCACCUCCCAUAAUGCCAGUGCAGUCACAGCCUUUACCACCCCCUCCUCCCAUAAUGGCAAUGCAGUCACAGCCUUUACCACCUCCUCCACCCAAGAUGCCGGUGCAGUCACAGCCUUUACCACCUCCUCCUCCUCCAAUAAUGCCCGUGCAGUCACAGUCUUUACCACCUCCUCCACCCAUAGUGUCAAUCCAGUCACAACCCCUGCCAGCUCCUCCACCCAUAGUACCAAUCCAGUCGCAGCCUUUUCCACCUCCUCCACCCCCUCUUCAGGUUAAUGGCCUUUCCCCUCCUCCACCACCCUCGACAGUACAGGCACCUUUCAUAACCAAUGGACUCAAGAAGGUCCUUGCCCACAAAUUUCCCAAUGUCCCCCAGGAUAUAAUACCCCCAGCCAAUCAAAUCCACAACACCACCACACCCCCAACAACCCCACCCCCACCAUCAGCACCUACACUCCCUCGCCAACAGCAUAUUGCUACAGCUCCAAAUCCACCACCACCACAUCCUCCACCACCUCCACCACCCCCACCAGCCCCCAUGCAGCUGCCAAUUCAACCUGCAGUUUUGCCCAAAACUUUCACUGGUGGAUUUCCACCCCAGACAGCACCAAAACCUUCAUAUGGCAUUCUGCCAGUAUCUCCAGUAGCUCCGGCACCUCAAGCUCCAGCACCACCACCACCACCUCCUCCUCCUCCUCCUCCUCCACCACCACCAGCACCAUUGAAGAACCAACCCCCACCUACACUUCCCAAGCAGCACAGCAUCUCCAAGACACUACCCGUCUCCAACCAAACCUCAUCAGUGCCAUCUCUGGUUAAGCAGCUUGCUAGACAGUUUCCUGUUGCGUCUCCUGCAAUGACCAAUCAAACAGAGUCUCAAAGUCACAAAGCUCCCCAGUCCCUACCUGCAGUGAAGGCUAAACCAAAAUGGCAGCCUGUAGGUCAAGGCCAGCAGCAACAGAGGUCACCUGAAUUUCCACCACCUCCUCCAGCGAGUACCCUUGCCUUUCCUUCACCAACACCUCCGCCGCCACCACCACCACCACCUCCUCUGGGUCCGACCCCUCCUCCUCCUCCACCACCUCCUCCAGCGAGUACCCUUGCCUUUCCUUCACCAACACCUCCGCCGCCACCACCACCACCAACUCCUCUGGGUCCGACCCCUCCUCCUCCUCCACCACCUCCUCCUCCUCCUCCUCCAAUGUCAGGCUCCACUAUCAAGAAGACCCCUUCUGGCUUAUCUGCAGGUGUCAAGAAACCUCCACAGACAACUCAGUGCAACUCCAGUGCGAAGUACAAUGCCUCGGUGGAGUACCAGGAGUCCCACAUGAACUUGGUGAGCAAGUUUAGCCCUAGUUCAUCAUUGAAAUCAAGCUCCAGUAGCUCACCCUCCAAAGAGCUUUCCACGGGUCCUCGGGCACCCCCCAAACCAGGAAAGCUAAACCUGGCAAAUCUUCCUUUGGCUUUGCAGAACAAAUUUAAUCAAAACCGCCAAUCCACUGCAGCCUUCCCAUCCCCUCCACCCCCAGAAAAUGACAUCUUCCCUCCUCCCCCACUGGAGUCUGACCUUCCUCCACCACCGCCCCUUCCAGGUGAUCCAAAUGGUUUGUCUCCGAAAGUGGCUGUGGUCAAUCCUCAGCCCCAGCCUCCUUGGGGCAAGAGUUCCCUGAAAAAGACGCAACCUCCAGUGUCAGUUCGCUAUAACAACACUAUUAGAGAGCCUCCGCCACUCUCACCACCUUCCAUACAAGGGGGCCCUAUUCCCCCUUCUUCUCCCAAAGGCACCACACAGCCAAACUUCAUGGAGGACCUUAACAAGACAUUGAAACGCAAGUCCUCGCGAGUCUCUGGAGACAAAGUGGACCCUGUGGCCACAAUGGAUGACAUGGCUUUGCCACCACCUCCACCUGAGCUUCUGAAUGAUGAACAGAGACACAGUGGUAGUGGCUUCAUGUCCGGGAAUAUCUCAGGCUAUGCAACGCUACGGCGAGGGCCUCCUCCAGCCCCACCCAAGCGGGACCACAGCACCAAACUCACAAACUGAGAAAACUGCAACUUUUCCUGGACACUCUUGCUUGCUAUUUAAAUGUUUUUCUCAUAGAAGCCAUCAUUUUGUUGGUAUGCUCAGCUUUUUCUGUACAAACCGCUCAAGAAGUUUCAGCUUUACUGUGACUUUGUGACAGUGCAUCAGUUCCAGUUCCAAACAACUGAGUGAUUCCACUUCAACACCUUGGUACUGCAUGGAAGACAAAACUACAUUAAACUGUUAAUCUUAUUGAUUUUUGGGAAGACAAACAUUUUGAACUUUGGGGUUGGGUGGGAUUUUGAUUUUAUUUUGUUUUUAUAAUAUCGAUUAUUUAAUAAUCGUAAGAGAUUUUAUUUCAGACUGAAGUUUUUUAAAUGGUUGGAUGGUAGUUGUUUGGGGAGUUUUAGAUGGGUAGGUUGAAUUAGACGGUGUGUUUGACUGGUAUAUUAGUUUGGCACAACUUUGACCAUUUAUGUGGCAGAUCCAGUGGAUGCAUCUAGAAUCGAUCUUGAUCACUAUUGCUCUUUGUGCAUUUUAGUUGUAUUUGUCAAAACUGUAACAUGAAGGACUUAUUGUUCAGGGAGUGGCCCCAAUGUCUAGUUCUGUGAGACUGUGGAAUGUGUGCUUUUUUUUUUUUUUUUAGAUCUGUUUAAAUUGUAGAUAUUCUCAUUUGCUGCAGUAUUUGUCAGCUUUGUCUAGGUAAAACAAAUGAUUGCCUUGCUGUUCCUUGUUGGUCCUUACUUCCUCUAGUGAACAUUCAAGCUGAAGAGAUGGACUCUAAGUCAUGUGACUGAAUGACACAAUCAUUAUUCACAUAGAUUUAUCUUAUAUCCUGUAUUAUAACCUGUAUUAUAGGCUCAUGAAUACAGCCAUGCCUUAAGAUUCUAGAACUUACGUAUCAAAUUACUGAUCAAAAUAUCCUCAUCUUAUAAAAAGAGGCCAUUAGGAAGUUCAGUUUCCCUGUAGGUUUUACUUGUUGAAGGAUUCUGUCUUAUUUUCUCCAUUCAGACAUGACUUGCAACUUCAGAAUCUUACAGUGAGCACCUAUAAGAGCCACUUGGCAUAUGUACAAACAAUUAUCCAUAUAAACGCAUGUCCACAUUUAAUAUUUGAAGAAUUUGUUUAUUGAAUGUAUUUACAAUAUCAUGAAACUUUUCAGGUUGUUGAGAAGUGACUAACUGAAGUUAAUAUUAAAUUAUUAAAGUAUCCGGUCAUGAUCCAUCAAAGGUCAAUGAACAUCAUGCUCUGCAUAUCCCUCUGCAAAAUGUGUAAUUUUAAAUGAAAUUAUACAUGUUGAUAUCA